UAUUUCUUGGCUGGUUGGUUGGGAUUAAAAAUCAGUCGCUGGAGGAGAACAGCUGAAAACUAAGAUGUGUGAAAAUACUAAGCCAUAUAAUAAAUAAAUGUAGUUAAGUUAAGCGCAAUAUUAAAGAAAUAUGAAGUUUUUAAUUUAAUUAACAAAAAGGCUGAAAAUUAUUGUAACAGUGGCCAAUAAAGGCGUAAGAAUUUGAGGACUCGCGCUAGUGUUUAAGAAUCAGUAGCCGUGAAAUAACAAAGGCAGACCGAUAGCUACGUUGAUGUGAGCGUGUAAACUUCAGUGUCUACUUAACCCGAGGAGGCACCAAGCAGUGGCAGACGACAGUAGGACGACGAAGUGCAACGUUAGGUGCUACUAUAGUGUGAAUUUUGUAGAACAAAGCUAAUCACCAUGAUAAGUGCAUUGCUCUCGCGAUUCAUAAUAUUAUCCUUUGGUACUCUAUAUCCAGCAUACGCUUCUUACAAGGCUGUACGCACCAAAAAUGUGAAAGAAUAUGUGAAAUGGAUGAUGUAUUGGAUUGUGUACGCUUUCUUUACAUGCAUCGAAACAUUUACGGAUAUCUUUCUUUCAUGGUUUCCAUUUUACUAUGAAGUGAAAGUGAUCAUUGUUUUAUGGCUUUUGUCGCCCGCUACAAAGGGUAGCUCUACAUUGUACAGGAAAUUCGUACACCCCAUGCUAACACGCAGAGAACAGGAAAUCGACGAGUACCUCAAUCAAGCCAAAGAACGUGGCUACUCAGCUGUAUUACAAUUGGGCACCAAAGGCGUCAACUAUGCUACCAAUGUCAUCAUGCAAACAGCGCUCAAGGGUGGCGGCAACCUGGUGCAAACGUUGCGACGCAGUUACAGCUUGAGCGAUCUCUCGGAGCCAGAUGUGCAACGCACGCAGGACGAGAUCGACGAAGUCGUGCAAAUGCGUUCACAGCAACGGCUGCUGCGUCCACGUCCGCAGGCAAGUAUUGCCCGCUCAGCGUCGGGUACACGCCACUCAACCGGCAUGUAUUUCUCCGAGGUGGAUGUUGCUAAGGGUGCGGAUGGUUUUAACUACAAUAUAAGAUCAUCGGAAGACAUUAGUUCGGGUUACUCCAGCGCCGAGCCGGUAUCGGUUGGCCUAAGCAGAACAUCGUCGAUGACAAAUGCUUCGAAAACACGUUUGAAAGCCAGGCGUACAACAGAGGUUAUGUCGGCUAGCUAUACCACGCUUCCACGCACUAAAAAGUCUGAAAAAGUCAUUGGAGCCACGACGAAAACGCGCAGCAAGACGCAAUCGCAGACGGAGAAGUAGAGCACAGGCAACAAACAAACAAACAGCCGACGAAAGCAAGUCGUAAUCAAAUUGAAAGACUCUACAAACAUCGGAAUAAAAAGCAAAAAAACUAUAAUUUUUGCAGCAAUGGCUUACGAAAAGGCAGCUUAAAGGAUUUUUAUUGCUGUAAAUUUAAAUUGAAGUUAUACAUACUAGCAUUAAACUUUUUUAAGUUUUUUAAGCCAACCUUUGAAACACCGUUGACCGUUGGUUGAUUUAAUUUUUUUUCAAAAUAAUAGCGUUUUCUUUUCUCACAAAAAUGUUGCAUUUAUACUGCUCUAUGCACGGGCUGUCAGUUGCAUGUUUUUUUUAAGUAUUGUCUUCUAAACAGGCAAAAGUGCAACAUUUUCGACCCUCUCAAAACGUAGUGUCAGUGGCCCCGUGAAUUUUCAUUUAUGGUUUUUAAAAAGUUUCAAAGUAUUUUAAUGAAGUAAAAGAAAAAGUGUUAAAUGAUACGCGUUUUUUUGUUACAAAUUACAAAAAUUGUGAGCAGAGGUGCUCAACUAUUAGUCUGAAUUACAUAUGUUUAAUAAAUUUAUUAUAUUGUAUGUAUUAAUUAUGAACGUAAACAAUGCAACAGCUGAUUUAUAAUAGGAUGCCAUUUUUUUGUUUAUAAUUUAAGAAAUGAAACAUUUUGCAGGGAGUAAUGGAAUAUUUGCACAAUAUUGCCAAAUAAUGAGGCAACAUUUUCGUCAAUGAAAGAAAACGCUAUAAGUAUUAUGACUGUUACGCAGAAUCUCUCCCUUCCCCGCUACUGUUAAUUCUCCCCUCGCUCCUUGAGCGUUAUCACCCACAAUAUCAAGUAAAAGUGAUUAUAGCAAAAAAUAUGUCUAAACUUAAAGUUACUUUAUGUUUUAUGUAUACAUACAUAUACAUAUAUAUGCUGUGCAGUAGGAUCUCUCUACGUGUGUGGCCUAUGUGAUACGGCUUGUGUGGACUAUAUCAUUUGUGUAUGCCGCCAGCUGAGUGCAGGUUUUUUUGUGUUAUUUUAGUUUAUUUACUAAUACUAAUGUUAAAUAGCAUCGAAUGUUUAUGUUUUAUAACAAACAAAGCGAACAAAGCAAAAAAUCAAAUAAAUAUUAUAAUUGGAUGCUAGAGGUUUUCAGCUAGCAAAUUACAAAAAUUGUGAACAGAGGUGCUCAACUAUUAGUUUGAAUUAUGUUUAAUUAAUUACUUACAUAAAUACAUACAUAUAUAAUAUGAAUCGCACAUGCAUACAUACAAA